CUCCUCCUUCUCUUCCUCCUCCUCCUCCCUUUUCAAAACAACAACAGCCAAGAAGCUCCUGAUAAUCUUUUCCCCUGCCCCCACAAUCACAACAUCAGAACAUCAUGACAAGUACACCGGGAAAGUUCACCGUCGGUGAUUACCUUGCCGAGCGGUUGGCCCAGAUUGGCUGUCGUCACCACUUUGUCGUCCCUGGUGACUACAACCUCAUCCUCCUCGACAAGCUGCAGGCCCACCCUGACCUCAAGGAGGUCGGCUGUGCCAACGAGCUCAACUGCAGUUUGGCGGCUGAGGGUUAUGCCCGUGCCAAUGGCGUCUCUGCCUGCGUCGUCACGUACAGCGUGGGUGCCAUCUCGGCCAUGAACGGCACCGGCUCUGCCUAUGCCGAGAACCUGCCCCUCAUCCUCAUCUCUGGCUCGCCCAACACCAACGACGCCGGCCAAUUCCACAUACUGCACCACACGCUGGGCAAGCUGGACUACACAUAUCAGUACGAGAUGGCCAAGAAGGUCACCUGCUGUGCUGUGGCCGUCAACCGUGCCGAGGAGGCUCCCAGGCUGAUCGACAGAGCCAUUCGCGCCGCCAUCCUCGCCCGCAAGCCCUGCUACAUCGAGAUCCCCACCAACCUGUCGGGCGCGGCCUGUGCCCGCCCAGGCCCCAUUUCGGCUGUGACGGAACCUGUGCACUCGGACCAGGGCGCCCUCAAGGCUGCUGCCGACUGUGCCGCCGAGUACCUGAGUGGCAAGAUCAAGCCCAUGAUCCUUGUGGGACCCAAGCUGUCCCGCUGUGGUGCCGACAAGGCCCUGAUCAAGCUGGCAGAGGCCAUGGGCUGUGCCGUCGCCGUGCAACCAGCGGCCAAGGGCAUGUUCCCCGAGGACCACCCGCAGUUUGUGGGUGUCUUUUGGGGCCAGACGUCGACGCUGGCCGCCGACGCCAUCCUCAACUGGAGCGAUGCUAUCAUCUGCGCCGGCUGUGUCUUCAACGACUACUCGACCGUCGGCUGGACCGCCAUGCCCAGCAUCCCCCUCAUGAAGUGCGACAUGGACCAUGUCACCUACCCUGGCGCACACUUCUCUCGUGUCCGCCUCAGUGAGUUCCUCGACCACCUGUCCACCGAGUGCCAGUUCAACGACGCCACCAUGGUUGAGUACAACCGCCUCCGCCCCGACCCUUACGUCGUGCACACGGCCGACGAGGAGGACGAGCUCACCCGCAAGGAGAUUCAGCGCCAGCUGCAGGCCCUUGUCACCCCCAACACGACGCUCUUCAUCGAGACGGGUGACUCGUGGUUCAACGGCACGCAGCUGUCCCUGCCCAAGGGUGCCGGCUACGAGAUCGAGAUGCAGUGGGGCCACAUCGGCUGGUCCGUGCCGGCCUCGUUUGGCUAUGCCAUGCGCUAUCCCGAGCGCCGCACUAUCUGUGUCUGCGGCGACGGGUCCUUCCAGGUCACCGCCCAGGAGGUCUCGCAGAUGGUCCGCUUCAACCUGCCCAUCACCAUCCUGCUCAUCAACAACCGCGGCUACACCAUCGAGGUCGAGAUCCACGAUGGUUCCUACAACAAGAUCAAGAACUGGGACUAUGCCCUGCUCAUGAAGGCCUUCAACGCCGCCGACGGCAAGGGCAUCAGCUUCACUGCCAACACCGCAGGCGAGCUCAAGGAGGCUAUCGGCAAAGCCAACGAGUACAAGGAGGGUCCUUGCCUGAUUGAGUGUUCCAUCCACCAGGAUGAUUGCAGCAAAGAGCUCAUAACAUGGGGUCACUAUGUCGCCGCGGCUAACGCGAGACCGCCCAGAAAUGCGCCAGUGGACGAGUACUAGGAGACACAGCUGCUCGGGCCAGUGUCGCAUCAUCAUCAACCUCGUUGAAGAAGGAAGACUUGAUCGAGGCCGUUUAUGAUGGCAAGGGGAGGCUGAGUGGGUAUGCCCUCUGCAGUCUCGUCACCGGGAUGAGGAAGUAGUUUUCUUCACUCUUCGUUUUUCUUUUCAUACACAUAUGGAGUCUGGCUGGUAAAUAAUGGGAAGGGGUUCGGUUGGUGCUGGUUGGUCAAAUUGCUUGAUUAGAAGAAACUCGGGCUUCGUCCGAAAUUCACUUAGAAAAAAGCAUAGAUACCUACAAAUGUGUUUCCAGAUUCUACUCCUCCUC